AUGCUGGAAAGGCGGAAGGGCGCGUUCGCCCUGGACGGCAGGUUAGGAAAUCACCCCGCGAUGGCCAAGAUACGCACCGAGGAGGGCGUGGAACCGAUAGCGACCCCGAUGCGGGGCUCUUCGCCGGCGAAGAAAGCGGUUAUGGACGAACAGAUCGACAAAUGGUUCGAGCAGGGAGUCAUCGAGGCAUCGAGAAGUCCGUGGAGCGCGCCAGUGGUGAUAGCUUAUAGGAACGGGAAGCCCAGAUUC